AUGCAUUCUAUCCAAAUAAAGUUACAUUUUAGUUUACAGAGAAAUUGUCUAAGCAGUCAGGUUAGGAAACCUAAAGUCCUGGUAGAAUUAAAUCUGGCCAGGAACAUCAAGGUCAACAAGAGGAGCUUCUAUAGGUACAUCAGUGAUAAAAGGAAGACUGGGGAAAAUGUGAGCCCUCUCUGUAAGGAAACAGGAGACCUCAUUACCCAGGAUACGGAGAAGACUGAGGUAGCCAACCACUUUUUUGCCUCAGUCAUCACCGGCAAGUGCUCCAGCCACACUGCCCAAGUCGCAGACAGCAAAGGCAGGGACUGGGAGAAUGAAGAACUGCCCACUGUAGGAGAAGAUCAGAUUCAAGACCAUCUAAGGAACCUGAAGAUGCACAAGUCCAUGGGACCUGACGAGGUCCUAAGAGAACUGGUGGAUGCAGUUGCUAAGCCACUAUCCAUCAUAUUUGAGAAGUCGUGGCAGUAUGGUGAAGCUCCCACUGACUGGAAAAGGGGAAACAUAACUCCCAUUAUUAAAAAGGGUAAAAAGGAAGACCCAGGGAACUACAGGCCAGACAGUCUCACCUCUAUGCCCGGCAAGAUCAUGGAGCAGAUCCUCCUGGAAACUAUGCUAAGGCACAUGGAAACUAAGCAGGCAAUUGAUGACAGCCAACAUGGCUUCACUAAGGGCAAAUCGUGCCUGAAAAGUUUGGUGGCCUUCUACAAUGGGGUUACAGCUUUAGUGGGUAAGGGAAGAGCAACUGAUGUCAUCUACCUGGACUUGAGCAAAGCAUUUGAGCUGUCCUAUGACAUCCUUGUCUCUAAAUUGGAGAGACAUGGAUUUGACAGAUGGACCACUUGGUGGAUGAGGAAUUGGCUGGAUGGUUGCACUCAAAGAGUUGCAGUGAAUGGCUUGAUGUCCAAGUGGAGACCAGUGACGAGUGGUGUUCCUCAGGGGUUGGUAUUGAGACUGGCUAACAUCUUUGUCAGCGGCAUGGACAGUGGGAUUGAGUGCACCCUCAGCAAGUUUGCUGGCGACUCCAAGCUGUGUGGUGCGGUCGACACACUGGAGGGAAGGGAUGCCAUCCAGAGGGACCUGGACAGGCUGGAGAGGUGGGCCUGUGCAAACCUCACAAAGUUCAGCAAGGCCAAGUGCAAGGUCCUGCACAUGGGUCAGGGCAAUCCCAGGCACAAAGACAGGCUGAGUGGAGAAUGGAUUGAGAGCAGCUCUGAGGAGAAGAACUUGGGGGUGCUGGUUGAUGAAAAGCUCAACAUGACCUGGCAGUGUGCGUUGGAGUGGAUUUGGCGAGCUGCUCGUCGAGGCACAGCAUUGUGCCUUCCCUCUUGCGACAGCCACGUCCAUGUCGGCGGCGGAACAACGGAUGGAAGGGGGAACGGGCUGCCGUGA